AUGAAUGUGUUAUCGCUGAAUAUUAGAGGUUUGGGGUCGGGAAGGAUUAGUUCGGAUAUGAAGAGUUCUUGGGUUCGUAAUAUGAGAUCGAGUAAUGAUGUGGGUUUUCUUAUGCUCCAAGAGACUCAAUUCGAGUCGAUUGGUAGUUUAGAUAUUAAUAAAUUUUGGGGAUCGGGUGAUGUUCAGUUUGAUUGGGUGGGGGCUAUAGGGCGUUCUGGUGGUCUUAUAUCUUUUUGGGAUCCCAAAAGAUUUACGUUGAGUGACAAAAGGGUGUUAUGGGAAGAAUUGGCUAGAGUGAUUACCCUGGAUGAUAAUUAUUGGAUUGUGGGUGGUGAUUUUAAUUGCGUCCGUGAUGUUUCGGAAAGGAGGAAUUCGAGAUUUAAUAUGGUGGAGGCGAAUGAGUUUAAUGAUUUUCUUGAAGGAUCGGGUUUAUGUGAGUAUGCUUUAAGGGGUAUGAAGUUUACUCUCAAGACAGGUGAUAAGCUUAGUCGCAUCGAUAGAAUUUUUCUCUCUUGGAAUAUUGUUAAUGAUUGGCCUAAUGCGGUGUAUCAGACGCUCCCGCGGGAUAAAUCCGAUCACUGUCCCUUGCUUCUAAAGGUGGAGAAUAGGAAUUUUGGUGUUAAACCAUUCCCGUUCUUUGAUGCGUGGUUACAAAAGGAGGGUCUUGAGGAUGUGGUUCGAAAUGGGUUACAAAGUUUCGUGGGUGGUGAAACUCCUGACAUGGUGUUAUUGAACAAAUUUAGAAGGCUUAAGGUUGUUAUUUCUUCUUGGGCGAAUAAAGUUAAGGCCAAGGAGAAGGUUGAGGAGCUAACUUUACAAUCCGAGGUGGAACAUUUGGAUUUUACUUUGGAGAAUCGUGACCUUAGUGAGGAGGAACAUUGGGUGUAUAUAGAAGCCAAGAAGAGGUUGUUUGAAAUUGAUAGUUUCAAAGUUAAAGAUCUUCGUCAAAAAUCUCGAGUUCGUUGGGCUAAAGAAGGUGAUGAGAAUACAAGAUUUUUCCAUGGUAUGAUUAAUAGUCGCCGGGUGAGUAAUUCUAUUCUUGGUUUAAAUGUUAAUGGGGUGUGGGUAUCUAAACCAAAUGAGGUCAAGCGAGAAGUGUUUCGGUUCUUUAGAGAUAAAUUUGUGGAGGAUCUGAACUCUCGCCCGUCUCUUGUUUGUUAUGAUGCGGUUUUUGGUUGUGGUAGUUCUAAAGCACCUGGUCCAGAUGGUUUUAAUUUUCGCUCCAUCAAGAAGUUUUGGAGCCUUCUCGUCGAUGAUUUUGUAAGUGUUUUUGAUCAUUUUUAUAAUUCGGGGUCUAUUAGUAAAGAGGUUGGCGCUUCGUUCAUCACUUUGGUUCCUAAGGUGAAUGACCCUAUUGGACUUGUGGUCUUGCGUCAGAUGAAUUUCCCAGAGUUAUGGUGUAAAUGGAUAUUUGGAGUUAUUUCUUCUGCUCGUUCGUCGGUUCUGGUUAACGGGUCUCCGACUUUUGAGUUCGGAUGUGGUAAAGCGAGUGAUGUUGGGUCUUUUAAUGGGGUGACAAUGCCUAAUGGAGGACCGGUGCUUUCUCAUCUUUUGUAUGCUGAUGAUGCCAUGGUGAUGGGUGAGUGGUCGGAUUUUAAUUUUCGGACUAUGAGGCGAAUUUUGAGGAUAUUUCAUUUGUGUUCCGGGUUAAGAAUUAAUAUUUAUAAAUCAACUCUGUUUGGGGUUGGGAAGAAUAUAGAGGAAGUGGGUUUAAAGGCGAAUGAGUUGAGGUGUCGAAUGGGUUCUACUCCGUUUACGUAUUUGGGUGUUCAAGUCGGGGCCAAAUUGGGUAGGAUAAAUAAUUGGGAUCCUGUGGUAAAAGUUUUCUCUAAACGGCUUUCGAAUUGGAAGGCUAAAGUUCUCUCCAUUGGUGGGCGGGUUGUUCUUAUAAAGUCGGUUUGGAGAGUCUUCCGACAUAUUAUUUUUCUUUAUAUAAAGCUCCAGUGGGGGUGGUGA